AUAUCUAAUCUAUGGUUGAAUUUGCUCUUAAUUAAUUCACAACGGUUAACCGCCAUAUUGAUUCUCUUCAUUAUCCAAUCAAAAAAAUGUUUCUCGUUUUUUUUUUAUAAUGGCAUUAUUUUAUAUGACGCACAUUGUAAAUAGCUUAUAACAUUGGUACUUAAUUGAUUUACUAUGAUGUUUUGGCGAAAUAAAGAUUUUACAGCAUAUAAAGUGAUUAAACAGCAUAUAACAAAUUAGCAAGAAAAUAAUGUUUAUGAAUUGCUAAUAAAUACGCUUAAGAUAUUGAUUCAUUAUUUUUUUAUUUUUUAUCCUAAAUAAUGUAAUCUCUCUCCUUUUAUUUAUUUUUUUUAUUUAUGUUUGCUUUUAACUUAGUUUCACUUUCAAUUAUUACUAGUAUUAUAAUUAAUUAUUUUAGAUUCAAUUAAUAAUAUUGAGAAUCAUAAUAAAAUAGUGAAAACGUCAAGAACAAAAUCUCAAAGAAAGAAAUAAAAAAUAUAUUUGAUAUUAAGUCUUCUCUAUCUAUUCAUACUAAAAUUAAAUCAAAACAUAUAUCGUUAAAUAAUCUUUUAAAAAGAAAACUUUAAAAAAAUAAAAAAAUUGCACAUUGAAAAGUUGAAUUUGAAAAAAAAUAAAAAGAAAUAUCCAGCAACAUAAGGCGCUACUAUCGUUCGUUACCAAUCUAUUUCUUUUCAUCUGAAACUUCCGCUUCCGAAAACUUAAGACUAAGUCACUGAAUUAUACGGAAGAAUGGCAAAGUCUAAGAAUCAUACUAAUCAUAAUCAAAAUCGUAAAGCUCACCGUAAUGGUAUCAAAAAACCAAAACGUUAUAGGCAUGAAUCUACACUUGGUAUGGAUCUCAAAUUCUUAAGAAAUCAACGUUUUGCCAAAAAACAUAAUCUAAAACCCAAAGAACAAUUAAAAAGGGCAGAGAAACGUAAAGCUCUUCGUGAAGCUAAAAAAUAAUUCUUUUUUUAAUAUCAAUGAUUUUAUUGUAAUAAAAAUUUAAAAAAUGAA